CGUCACGCGUAGCGCUGGCGAACCGCCGUCUGGCCCUCCCAUCGUCAGAGCGUCCCUGAAUCUCUUCUGCCGUUAGUCCCGAGCGGCCUGAGCUUUGUUGGUAAUAGAGGCUGGCAACGACGAGUACCAAAAGCGAGACCUCGCGGACGCCUGUUUCCUAAAAGUGAUGGCCCACUUCUCCUGCGAGGACGAGGCGAUGCUGCAGGCGAUGCUGAGGCAGCUGUUCCAGAGCGUGAAGGAGAAAAUUACCGGUGCUCCCUCCCUCGAGUGCGCCGAGGAGAUCCUCUUGCAUCUGGAGGAAACUGAUGAAAAUUUUCACAACUAUGAAUUUGUGAAGUACCUUAGACAGCAUAUAUGCAAUUCUUUGGGGUCUAUGAUUGAAGAAGAAAUGGAAAAAUGCACAUCUGAUCAGAAUCAUGGUGAAGAAGUUGGUUAUGACACAGUUGUACAGCAUGUGACUAAAAGAACUCAGGAAUCUAAAGAGUACAAAGAAAUGAUGCAUUCCCUGAGGAACAUCAUGAUGGUAGUGGUGGAAUCUAUGAUUAACAAGUUUGAAGAAGAUGAGAUACGAAGUCAAGAGAGGCAGAAAAAAAUCCAAAAGGAGAAAAGCAAUAGUUAUUGCACGGACAAUUGCUCUGAUAGUGAUUCAUCAUUCAAUCAGAGUUACAAAUUUUGUCAAGGAAAAUUACAAUUGAUUUUAGACCAGUUGGAUCCUGGGCAACGUAAAGAGGUGCGAUAUGAAGCGUUGCAAACAUUAUGUUCAGCUCCUCCAUCUGAUGUACUGAACUGUGAAAAUUGGACCACUCUCUGUGAAAAGCUGACACUGUCCCUUGCAGAUCCUGAUCCUGUGUUUAGUGACCGGAUUUUAAAAUUCUAUGCACAGACAUUUACACUUUCACCGUUACACAUGACCAAGGAAAUCUAUAUAAGCUUAGCUAAACAUUUGGAAUUAUACUUUCUUUCUAGAGAAAAUCAUAUUCCUACUCUUUCAACUGGUAUAGAUAUAACUAAUCCUAAUGUGAUCCGUUUACUUAAAAAGGUUCGUCUUCUAAAUGAAUAUCAGAAAGAGGCUCCGUCUUUUUGGAUUCGUCACCCAGAGAAAUAUAUGGAGGAGAUUGUGGAUGGUACUUUGUCAUUGUUAUCAGUUAAUCAUGAUCAAACCCAUCUUGUCUCACAAAAGAUUUUGGAUCCGAUCUACUUUCUUGCAUUAGUUGAUACCAAGGCUGUGUGGUUCAAAAAGUGGAUGCAUGCAUAUUAUAGCAGAACUGCAGUACUAAGACUUCUUGAAAAGAAAUAUAAAUCUCUGAUAACUACAGCAGUUCAACAAUGUGUUCAAUACUUUGAAUUCUGUAAGAGCAUGAAAGCUGAUGAAAAUUUGGGACAUUCAAAGCAUUGUGGAAACAAACAGAAAACUUUCUACUACUCGGGACAAGAAUUGCAAUAUAUUUAUUUCAUUCACUCACUGUGCCUUUUAGGAAGAUUAUUGAUCUACACACAAGGCAGAAAGCUAUUUCCUAUAAAAUUGAAGAAUAGGAAGGAUUCAGUAUCCCUUACAGAUCUCCUUGUUCUGUUUACCCAGCUUAUCCAUUAUUCACCAAGUUGCCCAAAGAUGACAUCAGCUACACAUUCAGAGAGUUACUCUCCUGCAAGUAUGGUGACUGAAGUUCUACGGAUACUCUGCGAUCAAAAAGAAUGUGCAAUUGAAUGCUUGUAUAAUAUCACUGUAAUAGAGACGCUUCUUCAACCUAUUCAUAACUUAAUGAAAGGAACUGAGGCUGCUCCAAAUUAUUCUGAAACAGCUUUAAUUCAUAUAGCUGAUAUUUUAGGAAGAAUUGCUUCUGUAGAAGAAGGUCUUAUUUUACUUCUUUAUGGAGAAAAUAUGAACUCUUCAGAAGAAGAAAGUCCUACAGGUGCUCAUAUAAUUGCCCAGUUUUCAAAAAAACUUCUUGAUGAAGAUAUUUCUAUUUUUUCUGGAUCAGAAUUAUCACCUGUGGUCAAAGGAGCUUUUAUUUCUGUGUGUCGUCAAAUAUAUGGUACCUGUGAAGGCUUGCAGGUGUUAAUUCCUUACAAUUUGCAUGAAUCUAUAGCAAAAGGAUGGAAGAAGACAACUUUGUUAUCAGAAAGAAUUCCAACUCCAGUAGAGGGUUUUGAUUCUGUUUCUUCAAUAAGCCAGGAAUCUCAAAACAUUAUGGCUUGGGAAGAGAAUUUGUUAGAUGAUUUACUAAACUUUGCUGCCACUCCCAAAGGACUACUACUUCUUCAAAGAACAGGUGCUGUCAAUGAAUGUGUGACAUUUAUGUUCAACCAAUAUGCAAAAAAAUUACAGAUCAGCAGGAAUAAACAGUUUGGCUAUGGAGUUAUGGUUACACAAGUGGCAUCAACAGCAGCGGGUGCAGUAGCAUUACAAAGUUCAGGAUUUAUUAAUGCACUUAUAACUGAAUUAUGGGCCAAUCUGGAAUGUGGCAGAGAUGAUGUUAGAGUAAGCCAUCCCAGAACUACUCCGGUGGAUCCCAUUGACCGAAGCUGUCAAAAGUCUUUUCUAGCACUGGUGAACUUGUUAUCCUAUCCUGCUAUUUACGAGCUGGUAGGCAAUCAAAAUCUUCCUAUUAAAACAGAAUAUUCUCUUCGUGAAGUCCCAGCGUGUGUUAUUGAUAUUAUUGAUAGACUUAUUAUUUUGAAUUCAGAAGCUAAGAUUCGUGCCUUAUUCAAUUAUGAACAAUCACAUAUCUUUGGUCUAAGGUUAUUAAGUGUGAUAUGCUGUGAUCUGGAUGCUCUUCUCUUAUUAGAGGCUCAGUAUCAAGUAUCUGAAAUGCUACUAAAUGCUCAAGAAGAAAAUAUCUUAGAAACUUCUGAGAGCUGCAGGGACUUUAUAAUUGAUGGUUUAUCAGUAGAGAGAAAUCAUGUUCUUGUUAGGAUAAAUCUUAUUGGUGGGCCAUUAGAACGGAGUUUGCCUCCAAGGAUGCUAGAGAAGGGUAAUGAUCCAUAUCCUUGGCCAAUGUUUUCAUCAUAUCCUGUGCCAGACCGUUAUCUUCCAGAAGUUAUAAGAAAUGCUGAUAUACAACAAGAUAAUGAACUUGUCAAGCAUUUAUUAUGCUUCAAUAUUUCUGAUAAACAAUCUGAGUGGAUAGAAAACUGCCGACGUCAAUUUUGCAAAAUGAUGAAGGCCAAACCUGAUACAAUCAGUGGAGCUGCUUUAGUAGAAUUACUUGAAAAAUUUGUGUUUCAUCUCUCUGACAGCCCAUCUGAAUGCUACUUCCCCUCAGUGGAAUAUACAGCUACUGAUGCAAAUAUGAAGAACGAAAGCCUUUCAUCUGUGCAGCAGCUUGGCAUUAAAAUGACUGUCAGGUAUGGAAAAUUCCUCAACCUGUUACAAAAUGGUGCAGAAAAUGAUCUUACUUUGGUUUUGAAGCACUGUAAGAGAUUCCUGAAACAGCAGCAAGUUCCCAUAAAAUCUUCUCUUCUUUGUCUGCAAGGGAGUUAUGCUGGCCAUGACUGGUUUGUGUCUUCUAUGUUCAUGAUAAUGUUGGGGGACAAAGAGAAAACAUUUCAAUUUCUUCAGCAGUUCUCCAGGCUUCUGACCUCUGCUUUCCUUUGGUUGCCAAGACUACAUAUUUCUAGGUACUUACCUAUGGACACUAUAGAAUCUGGUAUCCAUCCGAUAUAUUUUUGCAGUGCUCACUAUGUUGAAAUGCUGCUGAAGGCUGAGGUGCCACUUGUGUUUUCAGCUUUCCACAUGUCUGGUUUUGCACCAUCACAGAUUUGCCUGCAAUGGAUAACUCAGUGUUUUUGGAAUUAUUUAGAUUGGAUGGAAAUUUGCCAUUAUAUUGCUACUUGUGUUUUCCUUGGUCCUGAUUAUCAAGUGUAUAUCUGUAUAGCUAUAUUCAAACAUCUACAACAAGACAUUCUACAGCACACUCAGACUCAAGAUCUGCAGGUUUUCCUAAAAGAAGAAGCACUGCAUGGGUUUCACGUGAGUGAUUACUUUGAAUACAUGGAAAUUCUGGAACAAAACUACAGACCUGUGCUGCUGAGAGACAUGCGGAGCAUUAGGGUCCAGAGCUCAUAGAUCAUGGGGACACAGUUUAAUUUUAUGUUUUAUUUAUUUUUAAAGGAAACAAGGGGACUUGGUUGUUUUCUGUGUCCAUAACAACAUAUGCUUUGUGAAUAUUGUAAAAUCAGUGUUGAGAGUUUUUGAUUCUAAUAAUAUUUUCAAGUAGGCAUUAGUUCAAUUUGUGAUAUGAAGUGAAUCCAUUUUGUACAUUUGUUUUUAAUUGCCAAAAGGUUGUUUUAGAAUCCAAUCUAGUUUACUUAUAGUCCUUAUUGAUAUUAAAGAGAUAUUCCCAGCCUACGUCUCUUUCUUCACCAGAUGAUUAAAAUACCUUUGAAAUGUGUUUGGGAAGAAGCAAUAUUGUAAUAAUUGUUUGGCCAGCCUUGGAAAAUCCAUAGAGAGAAGGGAAAGAUGCAAUUAUUUUCUCCAUUCUUUAUGUCUAUACAUAUAAAGGAAAUAGACGAACUUGCAACUGCUUAUUUUACAUGUGGAGGAACAAAUGAUAUUUAUCAUGGCACUUGGUAGAAAUACUAUUGACUUCAAACAUAAUUGUUUUCUAGGAGUUUGUUUUUAAUACCUGUAUUAAUUUAUAAUUUUUCAUUUGAAAUGUAGUCUCUGCGUGGUUCAUUUAAAAGAUAGAUUGGUUACUUCAUUCUGAUAAGCAUUCUACUGUCAUUAGUUAUACAUUUUCCUUAGUGAUAGAUUUGAUUUGUACUGAACU